UCCUGAAAAUUUCUCGUCGUUUGAUAAACUUUUGAGUAAGCUUUUGAACCGAUUAAUGGUGGAUUUCUCUUCAUUUCAAGCUUCUCUUUAACGUGUUCUUUCUUCAGCUUUCUUUUUUAACCCUUUAUUCUCCUCGUGUCUAGGCUCAAAGGAAUCUCUUCUUUUCCCCUCUUACUUUCACUCUCGCUCUCAAUGAGAAGUGAAAGAAUCUGAAAAACCAUAUAACCCGAAACGAAGAAAAAAAAGAGAUUGAAAAAAUGGAUCAUUGCCCUGUUCCUUCAAUCAAAUACACAGAACACCACAAUCAAACCAAGCUUCUUUCACCACUGUUAAAUGUCAGACUCGAAAAUCAGCCAGAAAUGAAGCCUCGAAUUGUUCGGAUUUCAGUUACUGAUGCUGACGCCACUGAUUCCUCCAGCGACGACGAAGAAGAACAAGUAACCCGACUUCGUUCGCGAAACAGAGUCAAGAAAUUCGUCAACGAGAUAACAAUCGAGUCAUCAUGUCCCACCCAAAACGAGGCUGUUUGGAGAAGUAAAUUGUCGUCGUCAAAGAGUUCCCGAAAGAGGCCGGCGGCAGUUGUUGAAGCAAAAGUUAAAGCGUCGGUGAAAUUACCGGCUGGGAAGAAGUUCAGAGGAGUAAGGCAACGGCCUUGGGGAAAAUGGGCGGCAGAGAUCAGAGACCCUCUAAGACGUGUACGGUUAUGGUUAGGUACCUAUGAUACCGCCGAAGAAGCUGCAAUGGUAUACGACAACGCCGCUAUUCAGUUGCGUGGACCCGACGCGCUCACGAACUUUGCGACUCCCCAGCAAAAAUCGAUUCAAGACAAAAACUGCCAAAAACCAUUAUCCAGCUCAGAUUACAAUUCCGGCGAGGAAUCUCACAACACGAACCUUUGCUCACCGACUUCCGUUCUCCGCUGCCCUUCUCUUUCGACCGACGAAGUCGACUCGCAAAGUGUUAAAGAAUCGCGAGAAAUCGGGAGCGAACCUCGAGAUGUUCUUGACGACCUUUGCUGCAUAUCGGGAGAAAACUUCUCAGAUUUCUCCGACUAUUCCUCUUUGUUUCCAAGUGACAUAUUUAGUUCCGUGCCGAAUUUAUUCGACAACAAUACGAGUUUACACGAAGGUUUUUUUAAAGAUGAUUUCGGGAAUGGAUUUUUGAGUUCGGGUGGUGAUUUCGAGUUUGGAUUUGACGGCUUCUCGAGCUGGCAACAUGUCGAUGAUCAUUUCCAAGACAUCGGGGACUUGUUCGGGUCGGAUCCUCUCGUAGCCAUUUGAGAUAGUGUUUCUUUGUUUUUCCCUUGUAAUGCCGGUUUCACGGCAAGUUUUGUUCCGGCGGGAACUGAAAAUAUCGGCUGUGUUUUUGUUUUUGUUUUUUUUUUUCUA